UGCUGAGAAUUCAGCUAAUAUUUUUAAUCGCAGUUUUAUUUGGCACAGACUGAUCUUUCGAACUUAUACAUGCGUUUCUCAAUUUUUUUAAUUAAAUUUUAUUAGUCUUUAAUGUGAAUUAUUUGUUUUAUUAUUAUACAUUGCAUGUUUUUUAUGAAAGACAAGUUUAUUGUCUACGUAAUAAUAGUUUAUUGUAAAGUCAAUGUUAAAUAGUAAAAAAUGUUUAGUGACUUUUUCUCUUAAGAUUUAUCAAUUAUUCAUAAGUUUUCAUGAACAGGUGAACGAAUGUACUAUAUUAAACUUUAAUUAACUGCGGUGUGUGUUUCACGUUUUCAAUGGGCAAAAAUUUUCUUCAUUGCCAAAGAUUAAUGCGGAGAAAUCAUUAUUCACAAUGAAUACUAGUGAAGUUAAAGUGGGCUGCUUUCAAAAGUUCUUGGUACUAUUACUCGGAGUAAACUAUGUCAUUGUCGCCAUGAGUCAUGCGUUGCCAGUUUUUCACAAUUAUACGCCAAAAUUUUAUUGUCAGAUGAGAAAUUCAACGAAUAAAAGUUACGGUUGCCAAAGCAUUGUAAAUUCAUCGAUCAGCACCAAUGUAACUGCCGCAUCAUCAGGAGUGCUGAUCUUUACAUCUUGCGCCGGUGAAUACCGCUUUGUGACGGAGUUCGCGGAAAGUAGUGUGGUCACCGAAUGGAGCUUGGUGUGCGAAAGAAGAUAUUUAUCUUCUCUUGGAUCUACCGUUUACUAUACCGGGGUACUUCUGGGCGCAUUGAUCACUGGUUUCCUGGCCGAUCGCUUCGGUAGGCUUCCAGUUCAAGCAAUAUGCCUUUACGCGCAAGGCAUGAUGGCGGUGGCACUUUACAUUGUACAGAGUUAUUCUGCAUUUCUGGUAUUGCGUGGUCUCCAAGGGGCAUUUGUCCAGGGGCUGCAGAACUCUACGUAUAUUCUUUCCCUGGAAUUAUUCCCGAUGCGAUCUCGUACUGUUAUCGCAUUGAUUAUGCAAAUCUCCUGGUCAAUCGGUCUCGUGCUACUUGCGGUGCUGAGCUAUAUAAUACCCAAUUGGCGAAUUUUGCAGUUAGCCAUCUCUGUACCAACUGCAAUCACCGUGUUGUACAUUUGGAUUAUACCGGAAUCACCAAGAUGGUUGUUGGCUCGAGGUAAAUCGACGGAGGCCGAUAUAACAAUCGAAAGGAUAAUUAAAUAUAACGAUUGUUGCACUACUUGCACUACUUUGCGAGCAACUAUUCCUGUGCAAGAAACAUGUGUAAAAAAUACCGCAGCGCUGACAAAUCUAGAAAGAAAGUCUGAUGUUAUCAGCGUCGAUUUGAAAAAAGCGAGCACUGAUGAGGAUCAGCGAGAAGCUGCAAAUUUGUUAAAUGAUUCAAAAUUAGUCGAAGAAGAAAUUAUAAAGAAGUCUGUGAAGACUUCGGCUAAUAUGGAAAACAGACUUUCUGAAGUGGAAUUAUAUCAAGAUUCAUCAAGUUCCGAGCAGAACUUUGAUAAGAAGUAUUCGUCUUCGAGUUUAAAAUAUGUUCGGAAAUCAAAAGUAAUGUUGCAUGAACAAAGGCUGAGUCUAAAAGUUGCGGAAGAAGCAAUGUUGUGUAAACCGGCGAAAGAAAAACCGAGCGAAAAUGAAGAAGAAUAUGUGGAAAAUUAUGACAAAAAGCACGCUAGAAGUAAUAUAGGAUCAAUGUUGAAAGAAACGUUCAAAUCGUUAACGUUAAAGAAAUAUGGUGUCGCAAUACUUUGCCAAUGGUUAACAUCUGCGAUGGCAUGUUGUAUAUUCACUGAUCUGUCACCAAGUGUUCCGAUUAACAGACAUGUUAUGUUCGCCCUAAGUGGAGCCCUUGAGGUAGCGACAUAUAUAUUUAUGUUCUUCAUAUUAUGUAGAUAUGGUAGACGAAUGCCUAUGUGCGUGUAUCAGUUUCUUAAUGGCAUCGUUUGUAUUCUAAUUGCGGUCUUUCUGAUUUUGAGCAGUACUACUUCGCCAUGGCAUGAUCUCGUGAAAAUUGUAAUAUUUCUGUUCGGUCGAAUAACCGUCACGAGCACUAUUUCCAUUGCUUAUCUCUACACUGUUGAAAUAUUUCCAACGGUGGUACGAAGUACUUACUUAGGUUUGUGCAUAGUGUUUGCAAAAACUGGCAGUUUAGGCAUAUCGCAUCUCUUAUUAUCGGGACAUAUGGCGCUUCCAGUACCGUUAUUGGCCGUUGGCGUAUUAUGCUUUGUCUCCAGCAUCUUGGUUCUGAUCUUGCCAGAGACGCUGAAUAGAAUUCUACCGGAUCAAAUGACAGAUAUAGAAAAAAUUGACGAUAACAGGAAUAGUGUUAAUCAAUCAGAAAUCAAUACGAAAAAAAAGGAAUCGUCAGAAUGGCAAAUUCUCAGGGAAAAACUUUUUUCAGAAGAUUGGGUGGAUGCUGGCAAUGGAAUCUUGGUGAACUUUAUGGAGAAUAAAAACGUUGAAUAGUUAAUAAGAUAGAGUAAAAGUUUUUAAAAUUUUUGUGUACAUUAAAUUUAAUUAAUAUUUUCAAUUUAUUAUAUUCCACAUUUAUUUAAAACGCCGCUUGUUCGCGAAUAUCAUAUAGUCAAUAAAUAAAAUUAAUUUGUUUAUGCACGAUAUCAUGUAUGAUAAUAAAUCUUAGUUUUAAGUAUAAAAAGUAGUAUAAGUAAAUGUAUUAAUAAAGUAAACAAUCUGAGAU